GGUUUUGCGGUCCAGUUUCCGUCCCUGAUCACCGAUUCAGCCAGGGUAAGUCUCCGUUCUUUCCUAAAGCAGGUGGUUCAGCCGUUUUGCCGUUGCCGAAGUCACGUCGUCUCCCUGGCCGAUCUCUGGCGGACGCAAUCAAACACGAUGACUUGACAGGGCAGUGGGCGGCUCGACUCAGAUCUCGCCGGAUCCCGAGCUUGCCGACGGCAGAUGUACAAAUAGUGAAUGCCCCGCGAUGCCAAAGAAGUAUAGGAGCUGCGUGUCCUGCUCUGGACUGUUCCCCUUCAGUUGAGAAGACGUCACUAGUCUGUUCAAAAUGGCCACUCUUUCCGGGCUUGCCGCCGUCUCAUUCUUUAUCACUUCUGCUUUCGCUUCUGGGUACGCACCUGUCAAGGUCACGUGCCCGUCUACUCAACUCGUUCGAGAGGCCUCCAACGGUGUCUCUUCUGCCGAACUAGAGUACAUUGCAGCGCGUAAAAAUAUCGCUGACACUGCGCUCUCGUCUUGGCUUACCAAGACCAACCCGGCUUACGAAAAUGUCUCCAAUUUUCCUACUCUCGGGCUGACUAGCAGCGGCGGAGGCCUUCGAGCACUGCUAUGCGGCGCUGGAGUAGUCCAAGGAAUGGAUGGCCGCGACGGAAAUUACUCAACUUCCGGACUUUACCAGGCUCUUACAUACCACGCUGGCCUUUCUGGCGGCUCGUGGCUUCUGUCGUCUAUUGCUGGGAACGACUGGCCAACUGUUUCUUCUCUGCGCGACGAUCUCUGGACCAAGGCUUUCGAGGAGACACUCUUUUUCGCCGACGGAUUGCUGGGAUCUUUGGCGAUUAACGGAGACCUUUUGGCCAAACAUAUUGCUGGUUUCCCUCCUACUCUCACUGAUCCCUGGGGACGUCUUCUUUCGUACCAACUCCUUCAGGGAGAAGAUGGCGGUGUGGCCAAGACACUCUCCGGAUUAAGAGACUCGGAAAACUUCACCUCCUACAACGUCCCCUUUCCCAUUAUUCAAGCGCGAGGAGUUAAAACUUUCGAGGGUGCCUGCGAUCCUACCCAAAACUCAACUAUUUACGAGUUUACGCCUUACGAAUUCGGGUCUUGGGACGAGGGCGUUGCCGCAUUUGUGAAGACGGAAUACCUCGGAUCUAGCCUGACAAAUGGCAAACCGACUAAGAACUCUUCUUGCAUCACCAACUACGACAACCUCGGAUAUGUUUUCGGAACUUCGAGUUCGCUCUUUAACCAAAUCUGCAGUCCACUCACGGUCAACAACAGCGACAUUGGCCAACACCUGUCAGGCUUCCUUCUCGAGGUACACGAAAUCGUCACGAGAGAUGUCUUCGCUCCUUAUCCGAACCCGUUCUAUAAGUACGACACGGCCUCUUUCGUGGCGGAACAGGAGGAGCUGGCCUUGGUCGACGGCGGUGAAAUUAUGCAAAACAACCCUAUCUGGCCGAUGCUGCACCGCGACAUUGAUGUCCUCUUCGUCAAUGACAACUCUGCAGACACCGACUUCAAUUGGCCCAACGGUAGCGAGAUGGUCUCCACGUACAACAUUGCAAAGGAGGCUGGCCUUGCGCGCAUGCCUGAAAUCCCUAGCACCGAGACGUUUGUUUCCGAGGGCCUCAACGUGCGCCCGACCUUCUUUGGCUGCAACGAUACCAACGUCAUGACGAUUGUGUAUUUGCCGAAUGCGGAAUACGAUCAUGCGAGCAACACGACGACUUUGACACUUAAAUAUCUGGCAGAACAGACAGAAGCUAUCAUCGGAAACAACGUCCAAGUCGUGACGCAAGGAGAGGAGCCGGAAUGGGCAGGCUGCCUUGCCUGUGGUAUUAUGGCCAAGACAAACCAGGACCUACCGGAAGAGUGCACGAGCUGUCUCAACAAGUACUGUUACAACUGAUGGCCGCGCCGCAUUUGCAGGAGUUUAGAAAAGUCAUGGGAAUUACGGGCAUAGAAUCAAUAGAUAAUAUCGUAAUUCGACGCCUUACCCGUC